AAGAGAAUACAAAAAAUUGCUGAAAUCAGGUCAAGAGAGACCUGAUGAAUUUGAAUCCUCGUGGCCAUUUUUUGAUCAAAUGCUUUUCUUGCGUGACGUUAUGGAACCUAGGCAGCUCGGGGAACAUUCCUCCUCCGGUAAAAGAUACUAAAACUGAAACUCUAAGUAUAGAUGCUAUUGAAGAAGACCUAGAAUUAGAGAGCGAAAAAGACAAUUCAUUGAUUGAAAACUCCAACAGCAACUCUGCAGUUCAUCUCAGCGAACCACAACUAGCGCCAACUGCACUUCAAAAAAUGGGACCACCCCUAACAACUCCGACUAAGGGAAAACUCAAAAGAUUGGAUUUCGACAGAAAUAACAGUGACCGAGGAUCUCCAGGAAAGAGCAGCUCAAAUAAAAAGAAGAGGUCAGUAGAUGUCAGUGAUGCGCAUUUCCUAGAAAUUGAGAAAGCUAAACUCAAAUUGUUUGAAACAUCUGCUUCAUUGAAAAAUGACAGUGAACAUCAGUUUCUUAUAAGCCUGCUACCUUAUUUGAAAAAUAUUCCAGCAAGCCGGAAACUCCAAGUAAGGAAUAAACUUCAGCAGGUUUUGAUCGACGAACAAGAACGCAACAGUUUUGUCGCAAUCAAUUACAAGGAUCCCUUGCCUUCAACUGUGAAUCAAUCACCUGGACAUUCAUCUUGGAGUAAUAGUGCGUACACAGGAUACAGUUCCGAUGCUACAUCCGAAUCGUCGUGA